AUGGAAGGAAAAGUUAAGGACGGUACUACUACCGAUACCGAAGCUAAGAAGAAUCAGGAUCGUGGAGAGGGUGAAGGUGAGAUCAAGAAACAGACGGUGACGACGGUUCAUAACCAAGAUGGAGAUGGAACUGUGACGACUACGACUACCACUACGGUCAUCGAAAAGGUCGUGGAGACGACGAAGGAAGUUGUGGGAAUUGUUGGGGUUGGAGGAGAAGGAGACGAUGCUCCUUCCUGUUCCAGCACUGCAGACGAUGAUAGGGGAGAGGGUGCGGAUCUCAGGGAGGUAACAGGGUUGCCGGUUACCAUAUCGGAAGAUGAUUCGAUCUUCCUUGGGUUGAAGGUAUAUACCAAGAAGGAAGCACCGGUCGAGAUCAGUGGUCAGCUUAGGCAUGAGAUGGAGGUAUCGUUGCAUUGGGCUUUGAUGGUAAAGUAA